AUGCGAGCAUUAAUAGGUCUCUUGCUGUUAAUUGCGAGUGCUAAUUGUAUGUACUCAUCCACGUCAGACGUUAUUGAAUUAACACCCAGUAAUUUUGAUAAGCUAGUAACAAAUAGUGAUCAUAUAUGGGUGGUUGAAUUCUAUGCGCCAUGGUGUGGUCACUGUAAAAGUUUAAAACCUGAAUAUGAAAAAGCCGCCACAGCACUUAAGGGAAUUAUAAAAGUUGGAGCCGUAGAUGUAGAUGAGCAUAAAUCAUUUGGAUCUAGAUUUGGAAUUGAAGGUUUCCCCACAAUUAAAAUAUUUGGUGUCAAUAAAAAGAAACCUGACAGUUAUAAUGGUGCGCGAACGGCUGAUGGGCUUGUAACUGAAGCUUUAAGAGUUGCAAGUAAAAAAGCUAAAGAAGCAUUAGGUGGAAAGUCAAGUGGUCCAGAUUCGAAAUCCUCAGAUUCUAAAGAUGUGGUUGAGCUAACGGAUGAUAACUUCGAUAAAUUAGUUAUGAACUCUGAAGAUAUGUGGUUAGUCGAAUUUUAUGCACCCUGGUGUGGACAUUGUAAGAAUCUUGCUCCAAUUUGGGCUAAAGCUGCUACUGAGUUGAAAGGAAAAGUAAAAUUAGGUGCUCUGGAUGCAACUGUUAACACAGUAAAAGGCAGCCAAUAUGAAAUCAGAGGAUACCCAACAAUUAAAUUCUUUGCUCCCGGCAAAAAAGAUUCAGAUUCUGUUUCUGAAUAUGACGGUGGUCGUACAACAAGUGACAUUGUCAAUUGGGCUCUUGAUAAGCUGUCAGAAAAUAUUCCAGCUCCAGAAAUAGUUCAAGUAACUGGUGAAAAGUCAAUGAAAGAAGCAUGUGAUGACAAACCAUUGUGUGUUAUUUCAGUGCUGCCUCAUAUUCUCGAUUGUCAAUCUCAAUGCAGAAAUGAAUACUUGGAAAUAUUCAAAGUUUUAGGUGAAAAAUACAAGAAGAAAAUGUGGGGAUGGGUAUGGGCAGAAGCUGGAGCGCAGCCAGAUCUUGAAGAAGCUCUCGAAAUUGGUGGAUUUGGAUAUCCAGCUUUAGCUGUUGUCAAUGCCAAAAAAAUGAAGUAUUCAUUAAUGAAAGGUAGUUUCUCAGAAGAUGGUAUCAACUCAUUUUUGAGGGAUCUCAGCUAUGGUAGAGGAGGUACUGCUCCAUUGAAAGGCGCUGAACUUCCAAAAAUAUAUGAGACUGAAGCAUGGGAUGGUAAAGACGGUCAGCCACCGCAAGAAGAAGAAAUUGAUCUAAGUGAUGUUGAUUUAAAUGAUAAAGAUGAACUAUAA